CCGCAAAUCUAGGCGGUGUCUUCCUCACCUUCCUUCCUUCCUCGCUGUACUUUAUUUAAUCACUCUUUUUUUUGUGUUUCUUUUCUUGUUUGUCCAAAAGCGCAUCUCAUCGUCGUUCCCGGCCCCUUUCUCUCUCGCGCAUUUCAUCGACCAUCCAAUGGGCUCCCUGACCGGACACCCCCGCGACGCCACCGCCGAUUGCUUCCGGAUCUUCAUAGGCUACGACCCCCGCGAGGACGCUGCCUACCAGGUAUGCCGCCGCUCCCUCCUCCGCCGCUCCUCCAUUCCCCUCGAAAUCCACCCCAUCCGCCAGUCCGACCUCCGCGCCGCCGGCCUCUACUGGCGCGAUCGCGGCCCCACCGAGAGCACCGAGUUCUCCUUCACCCGCUUCCUCACCCCCUACCUAGCCGACUUCCGCGGUUGGGGGCUCUUCGUCGACUGCGAUUUCCUCUUCCUCGCUGACGCCGCCGACCUCUUCGCCCUCCGCGACGACCGCUUCGCUGUCAUGUGCGUCCACCACGAGUACGCGCCCGCCGAAUCCACCAAAAUGGACGGCGCCAUUCAGACUGUGUACCCGCGCAAGAACUGGUCCUCCCUCGUCCUCUACAACUGCGGCCACCCCAAGAACAUCGCCGCACUCACUCCGGAAGCCGUCAGCACCCAGACCGGUGCCUUCCUCCACCGCUUCAUGUGGCUCGAUGACGCCGAGAUCGGCGAGAUCCCCUUCGUCUGGAACUUCCUGGUCGGGCACAACAAAGUAGAUCCGGCCGACCCUGAGCGCACCUCGCCCAAGGCCAUUCAUUAUACCUGCGGCGGGCCCUGGUUCGAACGCUACAAGGACUGCGAAUUCGCCGACCUAUGGAAUAAGGAGCUGGAGGAGCUCAACGCAGAGAAGCAGGCGGAGGAGAAGGAAAAGGACGGAAAGGUGAAACCUAUGACCAAUGCUUAGAUCUGCCAUCUUAUAGGCGUCGAUCACCAUGCUUUGGUUGACGUUUGUUGCACUGUGCAAUUGCAUAAACAGAAAGCUGAUCACACGAAGAUACAUUUCAGCGGAGUUGUAUAAAAGAGAAGUCUAGGCAUCCACAAAUCAAGAGAAAAGUAUUUGAUUGGCAGCAGAAAUCAUAGUAGAUCAUCGAUGGAAGGAAGAGAGGAUUGACAAUGGAGGCGCUUAAGUUUUGAUUUGAGUGUAAAGGAAGGAUACGUUGGGAUCACCGGAUCGGGAUAGGGUAUUAAUUUGCAGUGUCCAAAUGUUUGCUUCCUGGUCCUAUGAUUCGAGUAUUUCUGGUUAAGAAUAGGAUGCUGGAUUCUAUUUUGGGUUGAUAAAUACCCAACAAAAUAAUGGAAUGCCUCUAAAUAACAGAUGGUGCAGUAUUGUGGCAUAGAUGUCAGCAUUCAUGGCAACUACUAUUCUUUUAACUAAGGCACCAACUGUUUCCAGUCAAGUUCUAUCUUCUGCAAAAUACAGAAAUUUUUUCCUAUCAUGUAUUUGAGUGAAAGACAAUCCAUUGGGGCUAUUCUACCUGUAGAGUGAAAGAAAA